GACAGACUGCAGCCCCUCCAGCUUCUCUCCCAGAAGUGUUUUUCUUGGCUUGUGUGGAGUUGAUGCCAGCAGUCGCUGGUAGAUAAAGCGGGAUGGGCACCGAGUUGACUUUCUCCUCUCGUCGGUCUCCUGUGGUGUGUUUACACGGCUGUGUGGCGUCCAGCCAGUCGCUAGCUUCAAAUAUUGGACUUGACAUCUUGAAGCGUGGUGGUAAUGCAGCAGAUGCUGCAGUUGCCAUGGCAGCAGCCCUGGCGGUAACAGAGCCAGGCAGCACCGGUCCGGGCGGAGAUGCCUUCUGCUUGUUCUACAACGAAAACACUGGCGAGAUCCGAGCAAUUAACGGCAGUGGUCGUUCGCCCAGAGCUCAGACACUGGACUUCCUGGAAGGACGUGGUUACACUGCAGAGGCCCCUCCUCCACCUUAUGAUGCCUUGAAUGUUACUGUACCAGGGGCCCCUGCAUGCUGGUGUGAUACCGUACAGCUGUUUGGCAGUAACAAGCUGUCCUUGCAGGAGGUGCUGAGUGGGGCGGCGGAGCUUGCAGAGGUGGGGUUUCCUGUUGCCGAGGUGACAGCUCACCAGUGGGCGAACGGGGUGUCUGCUCUGAGAGAUGCUGGGAAGGAACUAGGUGGAGACCUGCUAAUUGAUGGUCAUGCACCCAAAUGUGGACAAGUAUUCAGAAACCCUUCCCUGGCCCAGACCCUGAAGGAUCUCGGUGAGCGUGGCAAACCAGCUUUCUACCACGGCAGAGUUGCCCAAGCAAUCGUUGAUGUCAUCAACCAAAAUGGUGGAGUCAUGACCCUUGAUGACCUUAACAGCCAUGAGAGCGAGGUCAUUACCGCUAUAAGCACGGAAUACAAGGGUGUGCGUCUGUGGGAGCCUCCUCCUAAUAGCCAGGGAUUGACUGCCUUGCUGUUACUCAACAUCCUUGAGCACUUCCCUCUCAAAGCUGUCGGCCAUAACAGCUCUGACUACGUCCAUGUACUGGUGGAGGCUGUGCGCUUGGCUCAAACAGACACUCUACAUUACCUGGGCGACCCACACCAUGUGACCAUCCCUCUGGAAACCUUACUGGACAAGAGCUACAGCCACCAGCGAGCGCAGCGCAUCAGCAUGGACAGGGCCAUGGAAAAUGCGGAGCCUGGACUGAUGGCAGGAAGUGACACAGUUUAUUUCUGUGUGAUUGACAGUCAGGGCAAUGCCUGCUCAUUUGUCAACAGCACCUAUAUGGGCUUUGGAAGUGGACUGGUCCCCAAGGAUUGUGGAUUCUCACUACAGAACCGUGGUGCCAGCUUUUCUCUGCGUCGUAACCACAUUAACUGUGUUGCUGGGGGGAAGCGGCCAUAUCACACCAUAAUAUCUGCACUUCUAACUGACUCUCCAACCAAAUCACAAAAAACAAAACUCCUCGCUGCACUGGGGGUGAUGGGGGCUUUUAUGCAACCACAAGGACAUGUCCAGGUGUUGUUGAACAUGUUGGAGUUUGGGAUGAAUCCUCAACAAGCUCUGGACGCACCAAGAGUCUAUGUACAGUAUGACCACAAAACUGAUCAGUGGUUGGUUAAUUUGGAGGAGGGGUUUGACCAGGAGGUAGCAGAGGAGCUGAGAAGACGGGGCCACAAUGUGAACUGGCCGAUCACAGGCCACAAGAGGUCUCAGUUUGGACGGGGACAGAUCAUCACUGUGGGGGAUUGGUGGAACCCAUCUGUCAAACACGCUGAUCAUCCAUCCAGGGUGUUGUGGGCAGGAUCAGACCCCAGAUCGGAUGGAUGUGCUCAGGGAUACUAGACAUACGUGACCUCUUCUUGUCUUCCCUGUAGAUAUUACAAAUUACAAAUCACAAAACUUUCUAAAGGUAAAUGCCUACAUAUGAAAUGUAGAGCAGAAGUACUAUAAAUAUUUGGCUGUGACACAACUGUGUCAAAGAACACGCUGAACUUUUUCCUUUGGCUUUGUUAAUUAGCCGAUAGGUUUAACACAAUUAUAGCACAGCAUCACACACCUUUUAAGUGUCUUCUUUUAUCAUGUUUUUAUAUCACAUGUACAUAUCAUAUAAAAUCUCUCCUAACAGUUUGAGUUUAAACUGUACGGCGUAUUUCAUAGUUUUGGCACUACAUGGCUUAUAUCACUCCACGUCCUUCUGAUUUCAAGCUACAUUUAUAAGCUAGUGCACUAUUUAGUUUUUCAUUUUUGUGUCAGAGCAUUUGAUGUAUUGAUUGCUGUUUGAUGUAAAUAGAAUUUCAACAAAUAUAACAAAAAAUGCUAAAAAAAAAUUACUCACCCCAGCUUUAAAGCAGCAGUCGGUAACAGUUGAACAUGCAAUUCAGAACUCUCUCUCUGCUGCUCGUAUCACUCCGCUAAGCCACUCCCACGAAACCCACAAGAAGAAACAGGGUGCCUUUCGUGAACUCAUCCAGCCGAAAUAACUACAUCACAAUGCCAAUUUGUUAAAAAUAUAUAUAUCCUAUUAUGUGUGGUCUAUAUUAUACAGUAUGAAGUAGUCCCACAGAGCUCUGGCAGCUACAAUAACAACAGUGGGACCGGAAACACGGUAGCUCGCUGCUGAGAAGCGCGAGUAAAGAUAAAUCAAUCUAUUAUUCCCCAAAAAUACAAGUGAAAUCUGACCUACUCCCACCGGUUAACGGCCCAGUUAUCAGAGCAGAAUCCAGUGUGACUGCGGGUGUUUAUUUGUCCAAAAAUCUGGCGCCACCACCAGGUCUCUCCUCCAGAGCUUCCCAUAGCUCAGCAGCUGUUUGUCUGCGAGCAGCGGGUCUGUCCCUCUGCUCUUCCCGCUAGUGUUGCGUUGUUCAAAGAACAUUUCAUUCAUUUGACCUAAUCUUGUGUGAGGAACGAGUUGUCUGAAGGAGUGAUUCAUUCAUUUUCACGCAUGUGUGAAUAGCCUUGGACUCUUAUGUUCACUCGUCACACGGCAGCUGCAUGGGCUCCGUCAGCACAGGAAACAGAAUUGAUUAGUUCACGACUCUCAACUGUGGCUGUCCAGGUUUGAGUCGUUCAUUUGUCACGUGACUGCUCGGCUACUGUGGAGCAGGUAUGAACUAUUCGUUCACCACCAGUGUUCACUGGACUGACAUUACGGUACUGUAACUUUAGUCCUGCUAGUGUUUACAGCUAACAGCUGAUGAGAGUUGUUCUGAGUCCGCUCCACUUCAGUGCUCUGACAGGGUUCUACUGGGAGCCGAAUUACCUCCACGGUCGUCUCCUCUCCAAAACAAACAGACAGGGUCAUUAAAACAUUAACACACAGCCACAUAGCAACGUUAACGUUAGCCCUGUGGUGUGUUUAGCCAGAGUAGUGGAAAUUGCACAUAGACAACAUAUUUCUGUGGUUUUUACAUGGUUUGAAUUUGUUUGUGGCCCCAUGGGGCUUUAUAGAAAGAUGAUAGAGAAAGAUCAAGAGGUAAAUUUGUGCAUUAUACUUUAAAGCAAGCCAGGCAGAACUGCGCUUUUUUUUAACAUUGCCCACUAAUAACCACCCUAGUUCAAAAAAAAGAUUAGUUCAUUUUAAUGAACGAGAUUUUAAGAUUCGAGUCAAAAGAGUCACUUUUACCAUUACUACUGCCCGCUGUCCUUGUACUCAGCACAGCGAAUCUCAUGCUAGAGCUGAAUAAUUGUCAUCACAAGCGAUGGAGAGCUGCUGGCGAUUUAUCGCAUAGUCGUGCUCUUUGCAUCGGCAGCAGGAAAUUGCGUCCCUUUGCAUUGACUUUGAAUGUAAUCGCACCUCUCCCAGUGCUGGCAUGGCGUGUACAAAACCAGCAUAACGCUUCGUGGCCCAGGUUGGAGCUCCCCAGGCUUCAGAGGCAGCUGUGACAACGUCUAACUGCGGGAUAAGAGGCUAUUACACCACUGUCAACACAUUACAUUACAUACCAAAGAUGCCUUUCGUCAAGUCUGUCUUUUGGUUGAGAUAAUUAUCUCUUUCAGUCUCUUUAAUUAGUUGCUGCUGAUCUGAACAAUAUCAUUAAACCCUGCUUCCUCAGUAAAUGAUAGUUGCAUCUUUUCUCUGGUCUACAUUUUACAAAACAAACUGAGUUUAGAUUAUAAAACAAUGGGAUGUGAAUCAAGUCCAUCAAUGUUACUCUAUAUCUUCUUUGCUGUUGUUGGAAAUUAACUGAUUUAACACUCUGUAAAUGAUCUAUGAAAUAUGCUGGAUCUGUUGAUAAUUUUGUAAUUAAAAAAUAAAUGUUAUUUAUUUUCUAG